UACACCCUCGCAAACCCAAAAAAUAAUAAUAAUAAAAAAAAUCACUCUCUUCAUUUCUUCUUCCUUCUUUCUUUCUCUGCGAUUUUCCGACGUGUUUUCCCGGGAAAAUUUAUAGACCUUUUAUAAUUUAUUAUUCACAUGGAGAUUACUAACUAAUGUGAUGAAUUGGAAGAGAAAAAAAUAGUAUCUUUGUGAUAUGGACGAGUUUGGCAUUUGCAGAUCGUAGAGGGGUUUCUUCUUUAACAUAUAGGUAGUUUUUUUUUUUUUGGAUUUGAAAAUGGGCGAAGCUAAUGAAGGAAGAAACAGACAAUUAAUGGAGAAUUUGUCUCUGGAGAAGUACCCGAGAGAUCUGCUUCAGAGGUUCAUGUGUACGAAUCCGCAGUCCUCCCAAAACGCAGCGGUUCGCGGAGAGGAGGAUCCGGAGGACGUGGAGCUGAAUCUAGGGCUCUCCUUGGGCGGUAGAUUCGGCGUCGACAAGACGAAGAACAAGCUAACCCGAUCUUCCUCCAUAGUCGGGACCAUGCUGAUCGCUAGGGAUUCCGACGAUUCGGCGGCUCUGGUUCCGCCGGUGUCGUACCCGGCGCUGGUCCGGACCUCGUCGCUGCCGACGGAGACCGAGGAGGAAUGGAGGAAGCGGAAGGAGUUGCAGACUCUGCGGCGAAUGGAGGCGAAGCGGCGGAGGUCGGAGAAGCAGAGGAACUCCGGCAAGUCCGAGAGAGAAGAGGAAGAGAGGGAUAGGCAACAGUGCUUCGCUUCUCUUAGAGCUCCGAUUAGUGGUGGAGGAGUUGAUUUAAUGGCGAAAACCAGACAACCUACUUCUCAGGGUUCCGUUGAGUCUCAAGGUGGGAGCUCGUCGGGGAUGUCGGAAUUGGAGAGCAAACCAGUUCAAGGAUCUAGCACUUACGGUGAAGCAAGAAGCCCUGCCGGUCAUCAAUCGAUGCAAGAACGGAGCCAGGAGAUCAUGGGUCCUUCAGGGACAAAGAGUACCGCCGAAAACAAAUGCUCAACCUCUGGAAACAAGAUGGAGAAUCCAUCUAAGAAGCCUAAUUCUGGAGGAAACAAGGGGAGUGAAAUUGGGAUGAAUGCCAUGGAAGACAUGCCUUGUGUUUUCACAAAAGGAAAUGGUCCCAACGGCAGGAGAGUAGAUGGAAUACUGUAUAGAUAUGGGAAAGGAGAAGAAGUGAGGAUAAUGUGUGUGUGCCAUGGCAAGUUUCUCUCCCCUGCAGAGUUUGUCAAGCAUGCAGGUGGGGGUGAUGUGGAUCACCCACUUAGACAUAUAGUUAUAAACCCUUCAUCUACUGCCCUUUUGUCAUAACUGUAUAUCACCCCUUCAAGAUUGGGGCAUUGUGAAAUAGGUAACAGAAAAAGGAGAUUUUUUUUUUUUUUUUUCCCGUUUCCUUUCCUUCCUUUUUUUUUUUCCUUUCUAUUUU